AUGCUUUUCAUUGAUUUCUAUUUAAUCAUUACAAUAUUGUUACCAUUAACUAUCCAUUCCGUUGAUCAAAAUGAUGAUCAUUAUCAAGAUAUUUAUUUUGAAGUUGUAGAACCAUCCGAUAUUAAUUAUACAUUUCGAUGUCGACCAUCAAAACAGCUUAGUACUAAUUUUAAUCAAUUUUAUGAAAAUGUUUAUCUAAUACCAGCUAAACCAUUGAGAGGAUGUAGUCGUCUACAAAAUGAUUUUGAAUUAAAUAGAAAUAUUGCACUUAUUGAACGUGGUGACUGUUCAUUUGUUACAAAAAUAGAAUUUGCACAAGAAAGUGGUGCUUUAGGUGUUAUGAUUAUGGAUAAUGAUAGUACAGCCCAUGCUUAUUUUGUUCAAAUGAUAGAUGAUAUGACUAAACGCAAAGUUCUAAUUCCAGCUAUGUUUUUACAAUAUAAAGACGGACAUAUGAUUUUAAAUUCAAUUGAAAAAAAUCAUGUAAUGGGUGCUCGAAUUAACAUUCCAUUAAAUUUAACUUACCAUCAAAUGUUGAAAGUACCUCGAGCUCCAGGAUCAAAUUGGCUUUAA